GUGGACUGUUAUAAAAGCAGUGUGAAUUUAAUACCAAGUUUCACAGAAUCGAAUCAUACAUACUUUGAGAUGGAGGCUUCUUCUAUUAUUUCCGAAGAAGCCCCUAUUCCAAGAAAUAUACCUGAUGUGCUUUAUUUAUAUACUAAAAAUAGCGCUAUUCGACUUAAUGAUAUAAAUGAAAUAAUAUUUUUUUUUGCUUACUUUCUGGCAGAUAAUUCAGAGGAGAUCCUUAGUGCUUCUAUUUUCGAGCUAACCACUAAUCCCCAAAGAG